AUGGCACACGAAAAUCGCUACGACGACAAAAUGUCUGAUGAGCGGACGCCGCUGAUCACCAAUGUUUAUGUUGGUGCGCCGCGCCGCCGGUACCCGAACCAUGUCCUCCGUCGCUUCUGCACUGUCGCGCUCUCAUCCAUCCUCAUUUUCUGGUCCAUCUUCUUCGUAAUCGCCCUCUUCGUCGACGAGCCGCCUCGUCACCACAAACACCAUCGUCACGGCUGGUCCUGGACCAACGACGUCAACCGUGGUCCCAUCACCCAUGAGGAGGUGCAAAAGAUCCUGUUCGAGGUCCCUUCUUCUGAAAAGGCCGAGGAAUGGAGCAGAUAUUACACGGCCGGCCCUCAUCUCGCCGGUCAAAACUACUCCCAGGCUCUGUGGACCAAAGAAAAGUGGGAGUCGUGGGGCAUCCAGUCCGACAUUGUCUCCUACGACGUUUACCUGAACUACCCCAUCGAUCACAGCCUUUCUCUGCUUUCCAAGUCCAAGGAUGGUGAAGAGUCCUCGUGGAAGGUGGAGUUCAAGGCCGCUCUCGAGGAGGACAUCCUCGAGGAAGACCCAUCGUCCGGCCUGGAAGACAGGGUGCCAACCUUCCAUGGCUACUCUGCCAGCGGCAAUGUGACGGGCUCAUUUGUGUUUGUGAACUACGGCACUUACCAGGACUACGAGGACCUUGUCAAGGCCAACGUCAGCCUGGAGGGCAAAAUCAUCAUCGCCAAGUAUGGUGGCAUCUUCCGCGGCCUCAAGAUCAAGCGCGCCCAGGAGCUUGGUGCCAUCGGUGCUCUCCUGUACAGUGAUCCCGGCGAUGAUGGCAAGGUCACCGAGGAGAACGGAUACGAGGCAUACCCCAACGGCCCUGCCCGCCACCCGAGCGCCGUUCAGCGCGGCAGCGCCCAGUUCCUCAGCCACAGGCCCGGAGACCCCACUACCCCCGGUUACCCCUCCAAGCCCGGCGUGCCCCGCGCUCCCGUCGACGACGCGACUCCCUCCAUCCCGUCUAUCCCUAUCUCAUACGCUGAUGCUCUCCCCAUUCUCAAAGCUCUCAACGGCCACGGACCCUCAGUGACAGAUUUCAACAAGUACUGGAACCGAAACCUCGGGCUCAAGUACAAGGGCGUCGAGUACAACAUCGGCCCGUCGCCUGACGAUGUGGUUCUGAACCUCUACAAUGAGCAGAACUAUACCACCACGCCCCUCUGGAACGUCAUUGGCAUUGUGAACGGCACCAUCCCUAACGAGGUCGUGGUUAUUGGCAACCAUCGUGAUGCUUGGAUUGCUGGUGGUGCCGGCGACCCUAACAGCGGCUCUGCCGUUCUCAACGAGGUCAUCCGCGGCGUCGGCAUCGCAGUCGCCAGCGGCUGGAAACCCACGCGUACCAUUGUCUUCGCCAGCUGGGACGGCGAGGAGUACUCCCUGAUCGGCAGCACUGAGUGGGUUGAGGAAUACCUCCCCUGGCUUUCUCAGGCGUCGGUCGCCUACGUCAACGUCGACGUCGGUGUUCGCGGCCCUCACUUCAACCCAUCCGCCGCGCCCCUUCUCCACCGUGUUCUCCGCGAGGUCACCCACCUCGUCCCGUCCCCCAACCAGACGGUCCCCGGCCAGACGGUGGGUGACGUGUGGAAUGGGCACAUCAGCACCAUGGGUUCGGGCUCCGACUUUACCGCCUUCCAGGACUUCGCCGGCAUCCCCUCACUCGACUUCGGCUUCGGCGGCGAGAACGACGAGGUCGUCUACCAGUACCACUCCAACUACGACUCGUUCCACUGGAUGAAGGAGUUUGGCGACCCGGGUUUCGUCUACCACCGCACCAUGGCUCAGAUCCUCGGCCUCGUCGUCGCCGAGCUGUCCAACGUGCCCGUCAUCCGUUUCAAUGCGACUGACUACGCUCACGCCCUGACGGCCUACGUCGACCAGGUCGAGGCCAAGCUCUCGGCUGCUGAGCCCACUUCGGACGAGGAGCUGUUCCGCAUGCGCGCCAGCGUCGUCGCCGCCGAUGCUGACGCCCGCGGCUCGUUGUCGCAGUUCCGCGCCUCCCUGCAGAUCCUCCGCACCUCCAUUGCUGCCCUGCGCGAGAAGACGGAGAAGCUCGACGCGACGGCCAGCUGGGUCGACUGGGAACUCAAGUCCGACAUCCCCUGGUGGAAUCUGCUGCGCAAGAUCAAGGUCGCUCUGGCCUUUGUCUGGGUCAACAAGUCCUACAAGGGCUUCGAGCGCCACUUCUUGUACCCGGGCGGCCUGGAUGGCCGCAGCUGGUUCAAGCACGUCGUCUUCGCGCCCGGCCUGUGGACCGGAUACUCUGGCGGUCAGUCCAUCUCUUUCUAUCAAUUUGCCCCUUUGUUUUGCCUUGUGGUCCAGCCGAGAGAUAAGAAUACUGAUAUCGUGACUGCAGCCGUCUUCCCCGGUCUCCAGGAGAGUAUCGACGCCAAGGACUUCAACAACGCCCUCAAGUGGACCGGCAUCAUCAACGAAUGCAUUGCCUCGGCCACCAAGAGCAUUUGA